AUAUCCUCAGUCCGCUCAGUCACAGGGUUGCACGCGCACGGGGCGCCGGACGGGACCGAAAGAAACGCGCCGCCGUGUGAUAGUAAUAUAAGUCUGCCGUCGCGCGCUCUGCCGGUGCGAUGUCUGCUCGCCGGGCCGGCUUGGCGCUGCUGUGCGCGCUGCUGCUGGCGCUGACUCGGGCUCGCAGGAGUUCACCGGAGCAGGAGGAUGUUCAGGAGAAGAUGAACAGCGCCAGAUGCACUUCCAGGUGCCUCACGCUGCACAUGACCCAGCUCACCGCGGCGUUCAGACACCUCCAGAGCGACCAGGUCCUGGUUUGGUGUGAAAACCACAGACGCUGUGCUCAGUGCCUUCAGCCAUGCAAAGAACUGUGGGAAACGAGGAAGGUGCUUUCUCCGAAAUCUUGUGAGAAGCAGACAGAGUGCGUGACAAGCCGGGAGUUUUUGGCCUCCCUGAGGUCCUCUCGACAGGGGGACUGCCCUCCUCCUCAGCGAGCCACUGGAUUCGCUGCAGCCUGCGUCGAGAGCUGCUCGUCAGACCAGCAUUGUCCAUCUCCCAGGAAGUGCUGCGCCAAUGGCUGUGGACACACUUGCCAGGCACCAGCCAAUCUGUAUAAAGGUGUUCCCUUGAAGCCUCGCAGAGAGAUGAGCUUUGUGGAGGACUCAGAGGGUCAGCUGAGAGUCUUGUGGGUAUCAAAGUUCAACAUCAGUGUCGAGCCGGUUGUUUACAUGCUGCAGUCCCGCUGGAACAUCGGCAUCCACCCCAGUGAAGACCACGCUUCUCCCUGGACUACCAUCGCCAUGACUCUUUCUGAAGAUGUGGUUUUGUCAGACCUGAGAUCGCAGCGUUGGUACCAGUUCCGAGUCGCUGCCAUCAACAGCCACGGCAGCAGAGGUUUCACCACACCCAGCAAACACUACAUCUCCAGUAAAGAUCCUUCACCUCCUGAGCCUCCAGCUGACAUUAGAGUGACCAACCAGACUCUGGACGGGCUGGCUUCACAGCCAGAGUCUACACUCACAGAAAGGUCGAUGGGAAACGGGGUCACAGUGGCGGCUUUAUUACAGUGGGAGCCCCCCAGGGAAGGAGACCUGCCUGUACACAACUACAGAAUCACCUGGGUGUCUCAACAUACGCACACAGUACACAAACACACUUUGCAAACACACACAGCCCACAACAACAUGCACACACGACUGACACACUCGCGCUCACAGCAGGGGAAAAUGGACAGCAACACCAGACUGACUCCGGGGGCACAGUGCGAGUUGUGGCUGCGGGGCUUGCUACCUGCCACAUCCUACCUCCUGUCUGUGCAGACAGUGGCCUACUGGGGCCAGAAGAGACUGAAGAGCCCCAGAUCCCAGCUGGUUUUCACCACUAUUACUCAUGCAGGUGAAGACUUCUCCAAUGAACUCCCCUCUUCAUCAUCUUCAGCUUCAUCGUCUCUUCCUUCCUCCUCGCCUGGUUCAUCCUCCCCGUCUUCUUCCUCUGACCUCCCUGUGUCCUCCUCUCUGCCCCACCCGGAUACCCCCCUGAACCCCGUCACCCCUGGAAACCUGAGGCUGGAGGUGGCUGCUCCUCAUUACCAUGACAACCAGCUGCAGGUGAAGGUGUUCUGGAAGUGGCCACAACGUGCCAGACAGAGACACCCUGGCCCAUACAUUCUGCGGUGGCGUCCACACAUCUGCAGUACUAAUACUACAGAGACUGAGAGAACAACAAUAGUGCAGGGCACCCAUCACACUAUUACAGGCCUGCUGUUUGCCUGUAAGUACCGUGUCUCUGUGGCAAUGAAGGCCAAUCCGGGAUCAGAGGCUGUUGCUUGGCUUACGACUCCCUCGUGCUCCUCCAUCAGGGUCAGAGGAGGCAAAGCUUUGCCCUGUAACGCUGAGGAGCGCCUCCUGGCCGGCAGGAAGGUGGUACUGCGUCCAGAGCGGCUGACUGCUGAUUUUCAGCAAGUCAACGGCACCCUCAUCACCAGGUUUCACUGGAGGAUGUCCCAGCAUGCACUGGAUCCAGAAGUUAUUGAAGGAUUCCAGUUCACCUGGACAUUGCAAUCCGAGAUCACAGCAGUAACAGAGGGCCAGGAGGACACACUUAUCUCCCAAACUCAAACCAUUGCCCAGUCUCAACGGGAGGUGACCGUUGAAGGUCUUCAGGCUCAAAGUGUUUACAAGCUGCAGCUCCAGGUUCUGACCGCGGGGGGCGUCAGUGGAGCUGCAGUCUCCAAGACCAUACACACCCCUGCCAUCAACGCCUCACUUGGACAGGCCUCAACCUAGAAUCUGCAAAUGUCGGGGGAUUUUUACCAAAACCCACUGUCUAUGCAGGACAGUCUCACUGAAGGUUGAAUGCAGAUGCUAAAACUGCGAAAAUACUUUUCUCUUUGUGAAGUCAAUUUUUCCACACACAAAAUGUAUUUCCUAAUUUGACUGCCUUUGCAUAUCCUCAUUUGUCCUGAUAGAGUCUCAAAGCAAGUGGAUCAGCUCAAGGUGACUCAGUCAUGCAUAAUUGGAAGAUUUUUGUCUUCUUAUCCAAGUGGUGUAAUUCUUGAGUAAGGAGCAAAACAUUUUCUGAAGACAAAUGACUGAAUCCUGUUGACCUGAUAAUUGCUUCAAGACACUUUGACUGUAUUGUUUUCUUUAAUGAAUUCAUCUUGAUCAGCAUUGCUUUGUAACAGUGGUAACAUUACUGGGUCCAAAUACUGGUAAAAGCAUUAAGUACACACAAGUAGCCUUGGCACGAAAAAGCUCAUUCUUUUUUAUAAAACUGCAGCAUUACUGAAAUAUUACACGUAUGCUUUGUGAGUGCUAGUGAUGCAUUAUUGUGAUAUUCCUGUGAAAACUGCAUACAUUGUGAUAUCUAUGUACAAUUCAAUUUCAGUUCAGAUUUAAUGAUAUAGUGAUAAUUACAGCAAAGCUAUUUCGUCUAACUUUAACAGCCAAAAAAACCCAACUGUCCUACCAGAACAUGCAUAGGUGACAGUGAAAAAAAAAAACGCCUUGAAAGAACUUUCUGCAAAAAAAAA